ACAAAUUUUUGGAAAUAACAAUAGUCCAAUCUUGUUGAAUAUGCGAACAUGGCAUCAAUAGAACCAAGCGAGGAGUUACUGGAUCGCCAUUUCAGACAGCAGGUGGCCGUUUACAAGGAUGUUGAUCAAUCGAGGGCCCUGCAAUCAGAUCGCCUAAUCAUGGCCAUGUGGAUGAAGGUAUUCGAGAGGACUCCACUCAGCCAGAAGUUGGCCCGGAACAGUCUGAUGCUCCUGAUGCAUGGUCACUUGAAGGACUUUGGCUUUUUCAAGGCGCCGUUCACGGAUGUGCGGAAUUGCAACCGGAAUCUGAAUGAGUUGGUGGAUGAAUACAAAGGUCACCCAUGUAGGAAGGUUAAUUCCCAGGAGAAAGUCAAAGAUUGUACCAAAAAUAUUGCAGAAAUUCUACGAAAUGAGCAACCUCUUUCCCGUACUGCGUUACUCAAAAGAACUUUCAGUCACAUUCCUCGGUCUAGAAAAUUAGAGCCCAUUAAAGAAGUUUCCGAACCCUCGGAAAUGGAACCCAAUACUCGCUCCAUUUCCUCCCAAUCAAAUUCCGAUUCCCAGAGGACCUGCUCUGAAUGCGCCAAUGAGGCGGAAAUAAAGAGCGUUAAGCAGAGAAUUCAAGCCUUAGAAGAGGAGCUUUCGAAAAACGAUCAACAUCCUUUGAGUGUAAGUUCCAUGGAGAAUGUCAGAAAAAGCUACGAGAAAAGUUCGAGCAACAGUGGGGAUUCAGCUGGGAAUCGUGAAAGCGAGAGACCUCGUUCCUGCAUCCCCCAAGUGCAAGAGAAACUCAAGAAGAUAACCAAUGUAAUAGAUCAGGUUACCCGCAGAUCGAGUGCUGUGAAAAACCUGAAAGAUUGCUUCGAGGAGAUGGCCGAACGUUUGAGAAACACAGCCGAAACAGCUGAAUAUUCGAUUCCCAUGGGGAGCAGGCCAAAGAAUCCGCCCCCUGUGCCGCCAAGGCACUUUCGAAAAAGCACGGAGCAAGUUCCUGCUCAGAUGACCCGACAAACUGGAGGGCAAUCGCUACCCCCUCAAUUUUUCAAAGAUAAAACCAUUCAGGAAUUGUUAGUUCGCCGUGAGAAGCUAAGGGUACAGUGUUUGGAGUACUACAACUUGGAUGGCACAAUGAAGGAUGUGAAGGAUAUGCCCCUUCCCCCAAGCGACGCCAAGCGAACGGAUCAGCGAGUUAAGGGAUUCAUAAUUGGAGCCUAUCGGGCAUUGGAACGUCUAAAACGCUGGCGCGGAAAACCUAAUCAGUUGAAGUUGUUCCGAACCUGCUUUCAAAGAUUUCGGGGACUGAAGGAUUUCUGGAAACUCCAAGCUCUGGAUCGAAGAUUCGAGCGGGUUGUUCUCAGGUGGCAUCGAAAGAAGAUAAUCGUAUGCCAUCAAAACACCUGGCGUCGUUAUCGCCGGAAUAUCCUGAUACAAAAACCAUCACCCACUGAGGCGGAUUUGCAGCAGGUGCGCCACCAGUUGGAACUGCAAGAGGAACUGCAGCGGGAGCGAAUGGUUCACCUGGCGAAGAUCAAGGAACUUUGCAAGACCCACUGCAGCGGAGUUAUCCAACCGGAUAUCCUUCGAAAGAUGCUAGGUCGCCUGAACGACGAGUACGGCCAACUGGCCGGAGAUCUGAAAUCAGUCGUCCGCGAGAAGGAGCAACUAUUCCAGUAAAUAACCCUCCGAAAUCCGUAACUUUCCUCGCACCUGUUUUUGUAAUUGCCUUUGCACUUGUAACAACAUUAACACCGCCAGCUGCGCUGCUCAUUAAUUAAUUUAAAUACUACGGUUUAUUAAAUUAAAAA